AUGGCGACCCCAAAACCCGCCCGAGGCGGCGACGAUGCCUCGUCCAUGGCCGACGACAAUCCCCAGAACUCGGCACCCUCCGGCGCACCUCCGACCUUUGCCUCCUUCUCGCCCGUCACCCUGUCGGCAUCCGUCCCCUCCCGCUCCUCUCGUCGAUCCACCAUUCUCGUACACCAGAAAAGCCCCCUGUUGCUGGCCACGCCGCCACAAAUCACGCGCGCCCUCGCCUACUCGCACUCUUUUCUCCUACCCAUGAACAAGGCCGUUGGGCUGCUGAGCUGGACGACGGGUGACCCCUGGGAGAGCUUCCUCCUCGUCUGUGCCUGGUGGGCCAUCGUCCUCUACGGCGAUGUCGUCAUCCGCAGUGCCGGCCCCUUGGUCCUCGUCCUCGGCCUCAUUCUCGCCAUGUACUCCCGCCGUUACAGCCCUUUGAGCAGCAGCGGCUGGAUGGAUGACCGCGACCCCGAACCGACAAGAAACCAGAAGGGACAUGCACGCUCAGGCUCUGAGAUCACACACACCCGCCACCAGAAGACGUUGGACGAGAUUGUCGAGACGUUGAAGGAGUUCACGGGACGGUGCAACGUGCUGCUGGGCCCGGCCCUUGAGUUGACGGACUUUCUGAGCACGCAGCGCACGCCUACCAGUGCCACGACGAGACCCGCGCUGACGGCCCUGUUUGUGCGAAUCCUGUUCUGCACGCCCUUCUGGUGGGCCCUAACUCUGCCGCCCUGGAGGAUCAUCACGACCAGAAGAGUUGUGUUGCUGCUCGGCACGCUCGUCUUGACAUGGCACGCGCGCGUGGCCAAGGUUGCCAGAACCAUUCUCUGGCGGAGCGCGACUGUGAGGAAGACUGUGGCUCUCGUCACGGGGUUGCGCUUCGAAAAGCCCGAUCGCAAGCUUACGCCUCAGCCCGACUCUGAUGUUGUCACGGCAUCGGCCGAUGGGCCUGUGCCGAAGGUUGAUCGCCAGACCUCCGAGCUGACGAAAGCCCUCCGUCAGAGGAGCCACAAGCACGGGAACAACGCCACGGGACGAGAUGCUGGGGUCAAAUUUACCUUUAUCCUGUACGAGAACCAGAGACGAUGGGUCGGUCUGGGUUGGACACAGAGUUUGUUUGCCUACGAGCGUGCGGCAUGGACGGAUGAGCAUAACAAUUCCGUCCCAGCAAAGGAUGUCUUUGAGUUGCCUGACGUCGAGGACGGCAGCAAGAUGAGGUGGCGAUGGGUUGCAGGAAGCCGUUGGCGCGUCGAUGGCGUGACUGAUGAUGUUGCUGAAGAGACGGAUUUUGACGGAGAAGCCGGAAAGAAUGGCUGGAUUUACUAUGACAACAAGUGGCAAGCAGGCCGUCGCAGGGAAGAUGGCUGGGGCAAGUGGACACGGCGCCGAAAGUGGUACCGCGAUGCCGAGCUCGUCGAGAUCUCGGAGGAGGAGCUCGCAGCGGCGGCGGCGGCAGCGACAACAGCAGCAUCUCAGCCAACAACACACGUUUAUAGCACACUUUCCGAGAAGAUGGUAUCACCAACGCAAUCGACGCAUAAUCUACCGCCAUUCUCCGAAGACGGGGCGAGCGAACAGGCCCCGGCAUCCCUGUCGUCUUCCGGUGGGGGUCGAUCAUUCUUCCGCAAGCCAUUGCGAAGGCGAGGAACGGGCCAGUCGUCUACCUCGGUAGCGACGAGUACGACGGCCGUCGAAGGUGCUCCAGAAAGAAAGAAGGGAAGGCGAGAGAGCGAGGUCAUGAGCGGUGAUGAGGCAGGCGUGGAUGACGUUGGCAGACGGGUCAACUUGGCACUGCAGGGACAAGGCGGUCCAGGAUGGGGAAUAGGCGACGAGGCAAGGAUGAGUCUCGAGUGA